AUGACCGAAAGCACCACGACUGGCGGAAGUAAUGAUCAAAAAUAUGUGAUGGGAAAAGAAGAAUUCUGGGACGAUAUCAAUGAUCCGUAUUGCCGAAAGUUGGCAAACACUGACCCAAAUGAUGUUUAUCCAAGCUACAAUCCAGGCCCUGAAAACCCCGAUGGCUCCGUAAACUUUGAGUGUCACUGCGUCAGUCAUUUGGUUGCAAGCCCAUGUGGAUAUGAGUUCAGAGAAGCGAUUUCGUGUCAGAAGACGUCAAGUGAUGAGGAAAUGGAAAACGGCGCGUGCGGCGAACAAUUAAUGGCGUUUAUGGAGUGCGCGAUGAGAACUCAGUGUUUCAAGACCAACGACUCUACACCAGAAGAGAAACAAACGGGGAAAUGA